CCGUCAUCCCAUCAAUGCUCGUAACCGUUCCACAUCACCUCAUCUUCCUUGGAAUUUCAAAUCGCGGUAACCGCGGAUAGCAAAGCCCGCUCGAGAUUGUCCCACCAGAUUCGGAUGGCGUGCUCUGGGUCCGUUGCCACUGAACCUCCAUCUCGAAAAAGACUUGACUCACCAGCAAAGCCAACUGGACAGUGGACACACCAACGCGAUUGAAUGCCACUAGCAAUAAUUCAACCCAUCCAUCUCAUUCCAAUCUGAGCUGCAAGAAAGAAAAACUGCAAAGCCUAACCUUGAUUCCAGAAAUCAUAAUUCACACAUCCUUCCCCAAGGUCGCUUCCCCCAAAUGGCUCACCCAACCACCACGACCCCGCACCAGCCGGACCCGGCCCUCCCGCUCCUGGACCACAUAGUCAUUCUUGUCCCACCCCGAGUGCUGCACGACCUCCCCGCCUGGCUCACGGACAACUUCACCGUCAUCACGGGCGGCGUGCACGCCGGCGGCGCGACCGAGAACAAGCUCAUCCUGCUCGCCGACGGCGUCUACCUCGAGCUGAUCGCCUUCACCGAGGGCGUCGACCGGUCCAAGCGCGCCCAGCACCGCUGGGGCGCCCGGCCAGAGGGUCGCAUCGUCGACUGGGCCCUGACGCUCCCCGGGACCGGAGAGGAGUUCGCCAAGGUCCAGGACCGGGUCCGGUCCCGCGCCACCGGUGUCGUGUACGGCGACCCCGUCCCCGGCGGUAGGACCACGCCCUCCGGGACGGAGCUGAAGUGGGCCGUCGCAGAUCCCCGCGCGGCGCGGGAUGGGGAGGGGAGCGAUGCUCCGGUGCUGUCGAUCGAGGCGGGGGAGGCGCCGUUUUGGUGCUUCGACCGCACGCCGCGCCGGCUGCGCGUGCCGCACGACGUCCCGGCCAACGUCAAACACCCCAGCGGGGCGGUGGGGCUGGCGGGCGUGACGGUGUUUGUGGCGGAUGCGGCGGCGCUCGAGGCGUUCAAGCAGGUCUACGACGGCAUCUACGGCGAGGAGGGCUCCUCCGUGGGGGAGGACGAGCAUGGCGGGGCUGGAUACAGCUGGAACGUCGGCGUGCCGGUUGCGGAUGGCGGGAGGAAACACUCGGUCUCGCUACGCUUGACCGCCGCGGGCACCUUUGUCCAGCUGUCAUUGUUCUCGACCUCCAGGGAGGGGACCGCCGGUGGAGUGCUGCACGGCGACUGGAGGGUUGACUUUGAUCUUGUCAAGGCCUGAAGGGGUUUAGUGGCGACUGUAUUAAGAUAGACAUGGCGGGGUCUCUAUUUUAAUGCAAAGUUCGCAAGUUGCAUCUGCUUUUGCCGAUGAAAACGGACGGCGCGCCCGGCGUAGCUGGUUGCUCAAUGAAGUGAAGGCAGACUGAUAAAGUUAUCCAUAACAUGGGACAGACUUUAAAACUUGGCCAAAUUAGGUAUAUAUAUCGCACUACUUACUAAUUGCCGAGGGACGUUACCGUAAAAUGCAAGGACGUGAAGUAUCGCGAUCUUCUCAUUUAUUUUAUUCCAUUAGCGGUAGCCCUUCGGGAAAUGUUGUAAGUCAAAACGAUGAACACUGCAGCUCUAAAUUUGAGCCUGUAUGUACUAUCGGCGUUUAACAAAUCAUUGCCUUCAGCCCCGGACGGCAGGUGUUGGCGAACAGGUCUUGAAUGUUAUAUUAUGCAGCGGGUCUGCACUUUUAUCGCCAGAGAAACGCAGCGCUUUAAUGAUUACAUAUUUUGACCGUCAUAAUCCAUAGCCUUUCCCACUGCUACGUUUUCUCCGCAGUUCUGCUGAUCGAUUCAUUUUGUGUGUGAGGUUUCCCG